AUGUCCUCUGAGACCCCUCAUCAUGGAACCAACAGUACCAAUGAAAAAAUCAAGAGACGAAUCUGUUUACCAGCUCAGUCCUGGACACACUUGGAUGAAGAUCUUCCAGCUCCAAAAGCAGCCAUAGAUGCCCCUCAUUCCUCUAGACAUCUUGUUGACCAAACAGAAGAAAACAUUUGCAACUGGCAGGACUCUGGUUUCUACUUAUCUGCAAGCCACGAUUUACAAGAAAGCAGAGACAAAGCAGCCAGUCUUUUACCUCCCCUGGAAAUGGUACAAAUGACUGUGCAGAACUACAUGCGAUCCCUGCAUCAUUUUUCAGAAAUGCCUGUUCUCUCAAGAUGGAAUAGUGCCAGCUCUUCCCAUUCUCAUCCCAAUGCACCAAAAAGUGUCACUGAAUGGCUGGAGUUCUCAGCGAAGGAUCCAGUUGAAAUUUUGCUGGAUUUGGGGUUUGGCAUGGAUGAACCUGAUAUCUGCACAAAAAUCCCUUCUCGAUUCAUUAGUUCUGCAUCCAUGGCUAAAGGCAUCAAUAUCCGGGUCUUCAUAGAAGCUCAAAGGCAGCGCAUGGAUGUAGAAUCCCCAAAUUUAUGUGGGCGUUUCCGGCAACUGCAAGUCCUGGACCAUGUGACCAGCGCCUUUUCUUCUUUGCUGAAUGACAUCAACCUCAUGCAGCAGAAUACAGAGGAUGGAAAUGGAGAGGGGAAGGGGGUGGUGGGCAGCCCAGCGGGCAGAGCUGUGGUCUCACCAGCCAAGCGGAGAAGAAUAGGUCAGCUCCUGAGAAAAGUGUCUCAACAGUCGACGCAUGGCCCUCCGGCUUACCGAAGUGUUGGCACACCUGUUGUUGAUGUGGACAAAUGCGUAGCAGGCAGGUCUGCCUUAUGUGAAAACACUGCCUUGGACUCUCUCAAAGAGGAGAUCCUUCCCAGUGAGGAGGAGGAGGAGAAGGCUCAGACUGUAUCUCUUCCUGCACAGCUCAUCGCAAGCAAAACUCGGGUGUUGCCUCAUCUGCCUAUUAAACAGACCCAUUUUCUUUCAACCUCCGAGAUGCCCACUAAAGACAGAUCACGCAAGGAGCCCAGUUUGCUUUUGAACCACAUGCUCAAGAGGGUUUCUGGCUUAAAUGGCAAGCCUUCAGAUUCCUUUGAAAUGGAAGAGAUCCAGAGCUUUGAGGAUGAAUCUUCAUGGGGAAAUCCUCUUGAAAGCACUUCAGAUGUGAUUGUAACAAGAACAAACAGUUGUCAGUCUGACAGCAGUGGAUUUCUGGAAGAUCCAUCAGAGCCCUUACCUCUGCAGGCCUUAUCUCUUUCUGGGAAUCUGAGACUUAGCUGCAGUGUCCAGGAUAAUCAAGCAUACCUGAGACACAGGAAGGAGUUGGCACAAUGUAGCCAGGAUUCUCAUCCCCAUGCAGAGACAUCUGGUGCUGUCACCUCCACCACCGAUGGUGGCAACGUCCUACUACUGCCCACUCUAAGCAGAGAACAGACUUUCCCAGGAGAGGAAGUCUUCUAUUCCAUAAAUGAAGAGGAUGACCUAAUGGAGAACUCCAGUGGUCAGUAUGAAGGUGUAGCCAGUGAAACAGAACACGAGACUCAUGAGAAGGAGAUGCAAGAUCAAAAAGGACAAUCGGCGAAAGAAGAGGACAGUUGCGUAGAAGACCGCAUUGCUUGCCAUCGUAUUAACAGCCUGGAUAAGGAUGACGCCAGCUCUCCAGAAGGGAACUGGCUUUCAUACUCCUGUGAAAUGCAUGAAAAUCCAGGCUCCACUGCCACUGAGAUAGGGUGUACAAGCCCCACGAUACUCAGCAAUGACUGGGUAUGUGUGGACAGGAAGGAAAAUGGAUUAUCAGCGAGCACCAAGCUGGGCAAGGACGAGAGUGUCCCCAGCUUUGAAGCAAACCGUGGUCCUUUCAGAUCUGUAACCGUCCAGAUGCCUUCUAUGCUCCUGUCGAGUAUGCAGAGCAUCCACUUGGACGACACAGCUGUAAAAGGCCGGUCUCUGGAUUUCACAUCCAAGGCCUCCCAGCAUUCUGAGGACGAGCCCCUAACUCCUUCGGUAUUGGGUGCUUUAAAGGAAGAAGAUAAGGAAGUGAAGGAAGUGUCAGUCCAAACUGAGAGGAGUCACGCCAAGCAAAAAGUGUUCCCUCUGUUUCCUUUCCUCCCUUCACUCCACAGGCACAGCCAUCUUGUCAAGUCUGCCUCUCUAGACACCGGGCUGCAUGGGGAAUACCGGUCUUGCUGCUACGAACAUUGCCAUGCCUGGUGUGCCCAGCACAGAGGUCACUGCUGUCCUUUGAGCUCUCGACACUGCUGUUCCCUGCGAUCUUUCCCUCUAGCGCCUUUGUGCACGCCUCCUGUGACGUGCUGCUCGUCUUGUGCCACCCUAGAGCUACAGCUCCUGAAAACACUGAAGCUGUUGCAGGACACAGCAACGAGAAACAUUUCUUCUUGCACAGUUCAUGAAAUCGAAGCUAUGAAAAAUUCGUGCCAAAAGUUUCGCGAACGGCUGGAUGAGAUUGAGCAGCACCUGACAGAGCAAGAGAUCCUCUUUUCCAGCGCCAUAUCAGAUGAAGGACGAGAGGAGAGAAGACAACUCCAGGCCUUGCGCCAAGCUGUUCGGCGAGAGGUUGCUGAGCUGGAAUGCCAGCUGAAGGAUCGUGCUCGCCAGGUUAGGGAGGGAAUUCUGAUGCAGCUGGACCAGCUGUUGGGCGAGCAGUCUAAUCUGUGCUCAGAACUUGGGAUUUCUGAAGCUCGGCGUGAGCACACUCUUCCAGAUGCCACCACCACUGCUGCCACCACUCCUUUCUUGUCCAGAGCUGGAUGUUCCAGAGAUAUCCACCACCGGCCUCCAAGUAGGAGUGUGACAGUCCCACCCAGCCCCUCAACCUCCUUAUUAAGAAAAACGGAGGUGCUGCAGGCCUCACCUUUACCUCCAAGCAAGAUGGAUUCUAGAGUAGACUCCAAGGAACUGCAGAGCAGUAAAAAGGAAGUGAAAGGUCCUCCUCAGCCAAAACUGGACUUCAAGGCCUUUUUGCAGAAUCUGAAGAAAUCAUUCCAAAAUUCUUUUGGCAACGAUGCAACAGAAGGAAGAGACUGA